AUGGAUCUCGCAACUUCGCUCCUCAACUGUCUCUGCGGCUGUGAGCACAACAACGCCCAUUUCAACAGCAGCGACAGGCACGACUACAGCCAGAACCACACCUACGGCACCAUCACCGAGAAAGCGCCUCUCCUCGAACCUCCUCCGACUCCCACCCACCCCACCACUCCCGUAACCACCCAUGCCACCCAAAUCCUAGCCAUCCUCCUGCACGCCCCCAUCCCCAGCCCCAACAACAACCCAACCGCCACCGACCUCACCCCGCUCCUCCUCCAAACCACGAACCCCACCCUCACCACCACAUCCUGGACCUCCCUUCUCGCCGAACACGUCCUCCACGGCCUCGAAGACGCCCUCCAAGGCGACCACUCCACCUGGGGCGACGCCCUCCGCGAGGCAUACGCGCGCGCGUCGGAGCUCGCGCGCGCCGAGCUCGCCUCCCUGUGGGCGUACGCGCAGGACCAUCCCUACGAGGUGGCUGCGUCGGUGCUGCUGACGGUGUUGGCGCUGGGGGUGUUGGGGAGGCUGGUGCCUGGGUUGGUGAGGGUUUUGGGGUUUGGGAGGCUGGGGCCGGUGGAGGGCUCGUUCGCGGCGUGGUGGCAGCAGUUGUAUCGCGGGAAUAAGUCGAUCGCCAGUUUCGUGGGUGACGAGAAGAAUCGCCCAUUGUCCAUAUGGUUCUUGGAUGGUGGAAGGAUUUGCAGGAACUCAACUUCCCAACUCAUUUCGGACGAGACCAGUGCCCUCAUGAUUGGGGGUUCUUCCCGUCAGACGAGGAUACGAAAACCACGUGUAAUUUCUGCCAAGACUGGCUCGGCGAUUAGUGCGAAGUUUAUAGCCGACACCAACGGUUCCGUAAAGGCGAAGAACGAGGUCGGAACAAGGCUCUAA